AGGUUGACCAUCGACGUCAGUCGACGUCGGCACUCAUCCGCCAGCAUUGGAGCAAUCAGCAUGUCCGUCAAUCGCGUCUCGCAGAUACUGUUGCGCGUGUCGCGCGCGGCCCGACAACCGCAGCAAUUAGUCGCGCCAGCCAUCAGAUAUUAUUCAAGUAAAACUGGUAACUAUGAAUUCAUUAAAGUCGAGACUGCAGGUGAAAAGAAAAAUGUGGGCCUGAUUACCUUGAACAGACCGAAAGUUCUAAACGCGCUGUGCAAUCAGUUGAUACAGGAACUCAAUCAGGCUUUGGAGCAGCUCAACGCCGAUGCGUCCAUCGGUGCCAUCGUCCUUACCGGAAGUGAAAAGGCGUUCGCUGCUGGUGCCGACAUCAAGGAAAUGCAAAACAACACGUUCUCGACAAACCUGAGGACAAACUUCAUAGGCAAAUGGAGCGACAUUACUAAAUGCGCAAAACCCAUAAUCGCCGCCGUAAACGGUUACGCUCUGGGCGGAGGCAACGAGGUCGCGAUGAUGUGCGACAUCGUUUAUGCCGGCGAGAAGGCAAAGUUCGGGCAACCGGAAAUUGCAAUCGGUACGAUUCCUGGAGCGGGAGGUACCCAGAGGCUGACCAGGGUGGUUGGCAAAAGCAUGGCGAUGGAGAUGGUGCUCAGUGGUAAUAUGAUCAAUGCGGAGGAGGCCGAGAGGAGCGGUUUGGUAAGCAAGGUUUUCCCAGCGGAAAAAGUCGUCGAGGAAGCGGUGAAAUUGGGUGAGAAAAUUGCGUCUCACUCGCAGUUGGUCGUCGCGGUAGCCAAGGAGGCAGUUAAUGCUGCAUAUGAGACCACAUUGCAACAGGGGCUUCAGUUUGAGAAGAGAAUGUUCCACAGCACUUUCUCUCUGGCGGACAGAAAGGAGGGAAUGACAGCUUUCCUGGAGAAACGCUCGCCGAACUAUGCGAACGAGUAAAUUUCGACCAUUUGUCUCGGCCUGCGACGAGAGAGGGAUCGAAAUACGAUUUAUACGUUACAGAAAUACGUUUACGAAUAUUUUCUCAGAAUAUUUUUAUACCGCAUCUUUGUAAAGUGAAGCUUCUGUCUGUUAUGAAAUUUGUACGGUGCAAUAAAUCUUUGCAAUAAAUAAAAAAAAAA